AUGGAUCAGAGGAGCGUGGAAAGGAUGUACAAAUGUGAAUAUAUUUUUAAAAAUAGCUCAGACCUGGGCACAUUAAAUCAUAACUCUAAACAAAAUCUAUUAAUUUGUGUAUAUUAUUCUAAUGGGUGCUGGUAUUUGUAUGUCUACAAUUCAGGAGGACUUGGGGAUAUCCAGGAAGCUGAAAAAGAAUGCAAAAUUUACUGGAGAUACUUAAGAAAUGAAAAGCUAGGGAAAUCCUGUGGACAUACAUCUUGGAAUCAGUGUAGAGAAGUAUUCCUUUGUACUGCAGAAGGUAAUGUGAAUGUGAAAGAAGCAGAAACACACCAUAAUGUUCUGAUCCAUGAAAAAUAUUGCAGUGGAGGGAAACCCUAUGUAUGUCAACACUGUGGAAAAGGUUUCACCAAAUCUGGACAUUGUAAGCAACAUGAAAGAAUUCACACUGGAGAGAAACCCUAUGUAUGUAAGCAAUGUGGGAAAGCUUUUACCACACAUGGACAUUGUAAGGCUCAUGAAAUAAUUCACACUGGAGUGAAACCAUAUAUAUGUAAGCAAUGUGGUAAAGCUUUUAACACACGGGGAAAUUGUAAAACACAUGAAAGAAUUCACACUGGAGAGAAACCAUAUGUAUGUAAGCAGUGUGGGAAAGCUUUUAACAAACAUGCAGAUUGUGAAAAACAUGAAAGAUUUCACACUGGAGAGAAACCUUAUGUAUGUAAGCAAUGUGGGAAAGCUUUUUACACACAGGGAGAUUUUAAGAAUCAUGAAAGAAUUCACACUGGAGAGAAACCCUAUGUAUGUAAGCAAUGUGGGAAAGGUUUUACCCGACAUGGAAAUUGUAAGCAACAUGAAAGAAUUCACACUGGCGAGAAACCAUAUGUAUGUGAGCAAUGUGGGAAAGCUUUUAAAACACGUGCACAUUGUAAGGUUCAUGUAAGAAUUCACACUAGAGAGAAACUUUAUGUAUGUAAGCAAUGUGGGAAAGCUUUUAGCACACAUGAACAUUGUAAGGCACAUGAAAUAAUUCACACUGGAGUGAAACCAUAUAUAUGUAGGCAAUGUUGGAAAGCUUUUAACACACGGGGGUAUUUUAAGCAACAUGAAAGAAUUCACACAGGAGAGAAACCCUAUAUAUGUAAGCAAUGUGGGAAAGCUUUUACCACACAUGGGCAUUGUAAGGCACAUGAAAUAAUUCACACUGGAGUGAAACCAUAUGUAUGUAAGCAAUGUGGUAAAGCUUUUAACACACGGGGAAAUUGUAAAAUACAUGAAAGAAUACACACUGGAGAGAAACCCUAUGUAUGUAGGCAAUGUGGGAAAGCUUUUAACACACAGGGAUAUUUUAAGAAACAUGAAAGAAUUCACACUGGAGAGAAACCCUAUGUAUGUAACCAAUGUGGGAAAGCUUUUACCACACAUGGACAUUGUAAGCAACAUGAAAGAAUUCACACUGGCGAGAAACCCUAUAUAUGUAAGCAGUGUGGGAAAGCUUUUACCCAACAGGGAAGUUGUAAGCAACAUGAAAGUUCACACUCAAGAAACAAACAGUGCAUGUAAGCAUCAUGAAUUUUUUGAGCACAAGUACAUAUUGCAUAAUGCAUGAAAAACUUCACACUGGGAAGAAAACUUAUAUAUGUAAGGAAUGUGGGAACGCUUUCAGCAGGAAUGCUCAUUGUCCAAUACAUGAAAAAAUUUACACUGUUGAGAAACCCUGUUUAUGUGAAGAAUGUGGGAAAGCUUUCACCACACAUGGAUUUUGUAAAAUACAUCAAUGACUCCACACUGGUGAGAAACCCUAUGCAUAUAACAAUGUGGCAAAGCUUUUACCACACACAGUUAUUGCAAAACACAUGAAAGAAUUCACACUCAGUAGAACCACUGGCUACAUAAGCUAGUGCAGACACUUUCAGCAGGCAGAUUGUAAGUGAAAUAUGUGAAGAAAUUCACACAAGAGAUAAAUCCUAUGUGUUAUGUAUUUAUCUCAGCACACAUGAUCAUUGCUGCAUAUCUGAAAGAGCUCACUGGAUCCUAUGUGUAUUAACAAUGUGAGAAAUACGGCAAUCCAUUUUUGUUGUUAAAUACAUAGAAAAAGCAGCACUCUUCAGACAGUUUAGAUCUAAGUUUAGUUUAAAAAUUCCAAAUAGACCUGAAGAAAUAAUCAAUACAGAAGUUUGAUGUCAAUAUUUCUUCACAAAUUUUCCAGAAAUGACAAAUCUGAAGUGGAGCUCUACUCAAGUACAUAUUUUUUAUGGUUUUCAGUUAAUCACUUAUACGUCUUUAGAUUUUUUAUAGUGUCUUUGUGCUUCAACAUGACAUCUUGUAAUUAAACAUGGUAAACUCAAAUGGGCUUUUCACUUUCAAGUAUGAAUAGUGUCUAUGUACUUAAUAUUUUGUCUUUAAAACUUAAUUUUUAUAUUUUUUAAUGAAUUAUUUUUAUUUAAAGGAAAAAAAACCCAAAAAGUGUAAAAAUAAUACAGAAGUUCUGAAAAAUAAACAAUAAGAAAUCACUAGUUGAUUAGUUACAUAUUGUUAUCUUAGAAGUAAUUGUUCAAGUCACAAAAUUAAAGCAUACAAAAUGAUAUUCAAAUAAUGUCACUGUGAACAGUUCACCUCCGUGAUCCAACAGGAACUUAUUAAUAUGCUUAUCUGUUGUACAGACUUGUUUUUUAUCUUAAAGAUGGUAAGACUAAACAUGACAAAACAGAACAGUUCACAAGGAAAUAAGUUAAGGAAACACAGGUUUCACAUCAAGUCCACUGAGAUGUUCAUUUUCUAUCUUACUGUCUCUAGUUUUCCUCAAAAUAUUUGUUCCCAUCUUCACAUGCAUUGAAUAUAUACUGAACAUUAUAGAACUAAUCAAAUAAUUACAGGAUGAUGCACACUUUUUUGAUUUUCAAGACUGAUUUUGGGGAAGUUGAUAAUGAUUACCAUAAUGUGUCUCAUUCUGUUCGUAGUUGACGUCUUUAUUUUUGUGUAUGCUGAAAUUGAACAUAAGAGACUAAACCAAUAUCACUCUGAACAGUGAAUAAUAGUAUCCUUAGAAGGAGAAAGGUGAGGAAUUGCCUAAAAAAAGAAGGCAGAGGACAUUGUUAAAAGUGAAUCAGGAUUUAAAAGCUACAGUAGUUCUGUUGCUCUGUUUAUUUUGAUUAUAUUUUUUUGUGGUCUGUCUACUCAUUAGAUUUGAGGGCACAGAGAGAUAACCCAAAAAUAGAAGGUUAUACUAUGAUGGUAUCUGUCCUUAAUUUUCUAUUAACUAAAACUGAAACUCUAUAUUACUUACACUGUCUUAUGAUGACUGAUGUUAUUUGAAGCUUGUUUGAAUGUUAUUUGGCCUUGACUGAUUUUAUUCACAUUUGGUAUGCUUGCUGGUAUCAAGUCCAACAGUAGAGGCAACUACUCUGAAGAUGAUAAGAUGUGACAGAUAUAUAUUGUGGGGCUGGGGAUUUAGCUCAGUGGCUUAAGCCCCUGCCUGGCAAGUGUGAGCUUUCCAGUUUGAUCCCCAGUACCAAAAAAAAAAAUUAAAUAAAUAAAAGAUAUAAAUUCCAGGUUUAAUUUUUUUAUUUAAAGAGAAAAAAAGAACAUAAAAAAACAAAGCAGUAAAAGGGUACAAAUAAUACAGAAUUUCAAGAAAAAAAAUACAGUAAGAAAUCACUAGUUAAUAGGUUAUAUAUUGUCUUCUUUGAAACAGUUGUCCAAAUUAUAAAAUUAAAGCAUCUAAAGUGAACAUUAAUACAGCGAGAUUGCAGACAGUUCUGUUCAAUGAUCCAACAAAAGCUCAGUAAUAUGGUUUUCCUUCCUACACACUCAAACAGGCACUUAUAUCCUUUAGACCACCUUCCUUUCCUCUCUUCUUCACAAUAACAAUUACACUUUUGAGUUUUUUUUACUCCCAUAGUUCUUACUACUUUUUUUUGAAGAGAAUAAAACCUCAAGUGAGUUAACAAAACAGAUUUGGUUAGAACAUAAGGAUGGGCAUAGUACUUGAAUCAAAAAUAGAAUAUCAGCUGAUCAAAAAUGGUUACCAUUGUCCCUCAAAAGAGUUGCUAUAUCAUCAGUUAUAAUAGAAUAGAUCAAAACAGUAGAGAACAAGACCAAUAAAAUCUACACUGGAGACCUUACAGGAUUUCAAAAGAAGAUAAUAGUCAAAUCAUAAUGGGCAUCAUAUUAAAUCUUAUUGCCUUCAAAGUGGUUGCCUCUACCCUCAAACUUGAUACUAUCAAACAAAAUAGAAUAUAGUAAAAUCAGGCAGAAUAAGAUGAGGAGAGCAAUACUGGGGUUCAAAUCAGGUUAAUAGGAAAACAAAUAGUUACUAUAAUAUAUCCCGCUAUUUUUUAAUUUAGUUUUCCUUUAAUAGAAAAAAAUAAAAAAUAGUAUAAUUUUUUUAAAAAAGGGUGUAUAUCGAGAUAAAAAAGACAUUGUAAUAGAACAACACAGGUCAGAACUGAACAAGUAAAGCAUCAUUUUGUUUCACCACCAGAUAAUCUAACAUAAUAGUAGUCACCAUAGUGCCUCUUUCCUUGAAUUAUUUGAGUAUAACUUCGUAUACUAUAGAAUCAAUCAUAUCAAGACAGUGUGAAGCCAUUCAAGGGUAUGAAAGAAUUACAGGGUAUUUAGAGCCAGUUAACAGAAAAUGAACAACGAUUUCUAUAUAAUCUCUUUGCCUGUAAAAAUUUUUAUUUAUACUAUCACAUACAGUAAAAUAUAUUAAGACACAACAUGGUAAAACCAGUGGAAUUAUGUACAACAGCUUGAUGGGAGUUCCAAAGAAGAUAUUAAAUCAGCACUAGCUUUUAUGAUGUGUUAUUUUCUUCAGAAUAGCUAUUCGUACUAUCCUCGAUACUAAAAUCGAGAAACCCAGGAUAAAACCAUUGCACUUAGUGAGUAAAAACAUUGUAUGGAUUCAAACCAAUAUGAUUGGGUAUCAUGAUUACCACAUACUUCUAUGUAUUAUCAUUUCUUAUACCAGGGAAUAUAUUUGGUAUUUAUACAUUUGAGUUUGAUUUAUUUCACUUCUUAAUAUGGUCUCAAUCUGCAUCCAUUUAUUUAUAUGUCAAUGUGAUUAUUCUUUAUAGCUGACUAGUACUCUAUUGUAUAAAAGCACCAUAACUUUUUUAUCCAUUCCUCAGUUGAUGAAUACUUAGAUUGUUUCCAAGAUCUGGUUGUGCUGCUAUAAAAAUGCGUGCACAUAUAUCACUGUUGAAUGAUGCUUUCAGUUCCUCGGUGAAUACGCCUAGAAGUAGAAGAGCUGGGUCAAAAGGUGCUUCCAGUCCCAAGUUUCUGAUAAAUCUCCAGACUGAUCUCCACAAUGGUUGCACCAGUCUACACUCCCACAAACAGUGCAGAAGAGUUCCUUUUUCCCAACAGCGUCUCCAACAUUUGUUGUUGGUGGUUUUCUUGGUCUUGGCCAUUCUUUCAGGAGUGAGAUGAAAUUUCAAUGUGAUUUUAAUUUGUAUUUCUCUAAUGACCAUUGAUGGUGAACAUUUUUUCAUGUAUUUAUUUGUCAUUUGUAUUUCUUCAUCUCAAAAUUGUUUAUUCAUCUCAGAUGCUCAUUUUUGGAUUGGGUCUAUGAAUUUUGGUGGACUCAUUUUUUAAAAUGCUUUAUAUGUUUUAGAUAGAAGUCCUCUGUCUGUGGGCCAGUUCACUAAGACAUUUUCCCAGUUUGUGGGUUUUCUUUUCACUAUACUGGAGAUUUCUUUUGAUGUGCAGAAACUUUUUAAUAAGAGGUGAUCCCAAUGAUUGAUUCUGGGAAGCAUUUCCUAUGAGGUUUGAGUCCUGUUCAUCAAUUCUCUACCUACUCCUAUUCUUCAAGGUUUUUACCCAAUUUGUCUUCCAAUAGAUUUAGUGUUUCUGUUAAUAUUUACAUCUUUGAUCCAUUUAGAUUUUAUUUUAGUACAUGGUGAUAGGCAUGGGUCUAGUUUUAGUUUUAGGCAUAUGGAGAGCCAGUUUUUCACCACCAUUUAUUAAAUAGAAUGUCAUUCUUCCAGUGAACAUGUUUGGCCCAUUUAUCAAAGAUAAGGGAGUUGAGUGUGUUUGUAGUGGUGGUUGUAUCUUCUCAUCUAUUCCACUGAUCUUCGGCUCUGUUUCAAUUCCAGGCCCAUGUUGAUUGUACUACAGUUGCUUUGUAGUAUAACUUCAAGUCAAGGAUUGUGGUACCUCCUGCCUUGCUUUUGCUGCUUCUAAUUGUCCUUGCUAUUCUUGGUUUCUUCUUAUUCCAGAUGAUUUUAGGGGUGAUUUCUCAAGUUCUAUGAGGUAUGUUGAUGGUAUUUUUAUCAGAAUUGCAUUGCAUCUGAAUAAAAGUUUUGGGAGAAUGGCCAUUUUCACAAUAUUUAUUCUUCCUAUUCAUGAGCAAGGGAUGUCUUUCCAUUUUCUGAGAUCAUCUUCAAUUUCAUUUUUCAGUGUGUUAUAAUUUUCCCUGUAUAGGUCUUUCACUUCUUUCGUGAGAGUAAUUCCUAAAUAUUUCAUUUUUUUGUUUGCUAGUGUGAAGGGUGUGGCCUCUCUUAUUUCUGUCUGUGUGACUUUGUUGUUAGUGUAUAGAAAUACUAUUGAUUUUUGAGUAUUGAUUCUCUAUCCAGCUACAUUACUGAAUUAAUAUAUCUAGGAGUCUUUCAAUGGAGCUUCAGGGAUCUUCUAUAUAAUGUAUCAUGUCAUCUGCAAAUACUGAUCAUUUAACUUCUUCUUUUCCUAUCUUUACGCCUUUUAUGUUUCUGUCUUGUCUAAUUGCUCUGCCCAUUAUUUUCAGUACUAUAUUAAAUAGGAGCUGUGAUAAGGGACAUCCUUGUCUUGUGCCUGAUUUAAAGUAAAGGCCUUCAAUUUUUUACCAUUUCGUAUGGUACUGGCUGUUUUGUCAUUGCUGGCCUUAAUUAUAUUGAGGUAAGGACCAUCUAUUCCAAUUUUCUGCAAGGUUCUUAUCAUAAAUGAAUGUUGGACCUUAUCAAAAGCUUUUUCUGCAUCUAUAUUAAUGAUCAUGUGAUUAUAACUUCUGGCUCUAUUGAUAUGGUGCAUUACAUUUAUUUAUUUACAUAUAUUAAACAAUCUCAGUAUGCUUGGGAUGAAUCCCCCUUGGUCCUGAUAAAUGAUCUUCUUGUUGAUUUGCUCCAUCCUAUUUGCCAGUAUUUUAUUGAGGAUUUUUGCAUCCUUGUUCAUUAGGGAGAUUGUUCUGUAGUUCUUUUUUUCAGUUGGGUCCUCCUCUGGUUUUUGUACUACAGUAAUAUUUGCUUCUAGGAACAAUUUAUGAAGGAUUGCUUCCCUUUCCAUUUCAUUGAAGAGUUUACAGAGUGUUGGCAUUAGGUCUUCUUUAUAUUUCUUGUAGAAUUCUUCAGUGAAUCCGUCUGGGCCUGGGCUCUUCUUUGUAGGUAACGAUUUUAUUAUGUUUUCAAUUUCAUUAAUAGAAUUUGAGUUAUUCUGUAGAUUUACAUCUUCAUGACCUAGCUAUGGUACUUCAUAUGCUUUAGAUAUCUGUCUAUUUCCUCUGUGUUAUAAAACCUUUGAAAGUAGAGGUUUUCGAAAUAGGUGUUUUUGAUCUUCUGUAUUUCAAUAGGGUCUGUAGUAAUUUCACCUCUUUUAUUCCUUAUUGCAUGCAUUUGAACAUUUUCUUCCGUUUUUAAAAUAAGGUUGGCUAGUGGCUCUUCGAUUUUAUUUAUUCUUUCAAAGAACCAAGUCUUUGAUUCAUUGAUUUUUUGGAUUUUUUUUUUUUUUGGUCUCUAUUGCAUUGAUUUCUAUAAUUUCUUCUUUUCUUUUGGCUUUGGGCUUGACUUGCUCUUCUUUUUCUAGAUAUUUGAGGUAUAACAUCAGGUUAUAUAUUUCUAUUCAUUCUGUUUUCCUAAUGUGGGAACUCGUGCCAUAAAUUUUCCUCAGAGGACAGCUUUCAUUACAUCACAUUGAUUCUGGUAUGUUGUAUUAGUUUUUUCAUUUCUUUGUAGGUAUUGUUUAAUUUCUGCUUUAAUUUCCUCUGUGACUCAUUGAUUACUCAAGAGUGUUAUUCAGUUUCCAUGUGUUUGUGGGAAUUUUGCAGUAUCUUUUAUUAUUAAUUUCUAAUUUCAUUGUAGUAUGGUCUGGUAGCAUGCAAGGGAUAAUUUCAACCAUUUUGCAUUUAUUUAAAUAUGCUCUGUGAAUUAAUAUUUGGUCUAUUUCAGAAAAUGACCCAUGUAAUACUGAGCAGAAUGUGUAUUCUGUUGUUGUUGGGUAGAGUACUCUGUAUAUGUCUAUUAAGUCCAUUUAUUCACAGGUGCGAUUUAGUUCUUUUAUUUAUUUGCUCAUUUUCUGUCUGGUUGAUCUGUCCAUUGGUGUCACUGAUAUGUUAAUAUCUCCUGUUAGAAUUGUGUUAGUGCUAAUUUGAUUUUUCAUUUUUGUUAGUACUUGUUUUAUAUAAUUGGGUGCUCUGGAGUUUGGUGCAUAUAAAUUUAAGAUAGUUUUCUCUUCCUCUUGGAGUUUUCCUCUAAGCAGUGUUUAGUGACCUUCUUCAUCCCUUCUGAUCAUUAUUGGCUUGAAGUUCACAUUGUCUGCAAACAGAAUAGCUACCUCUGUUUUUUUGUUUAUUUGCUUGUUUUGUUUUGUUAUGUUUUUGGUUCCUGUUGCAUGAAAUAUUGUUUUCCAUCCUUUGGCUUUCAGUCUGCGAGUAUCCUUUUGGAUUUAGAUAGGUUUCUUGUAGACAGCAUAUGGUUGGAUUUUGUUUCUUAAUCCAUUCUGCCAGUUGGUUUCCUUUAUUGGUCCAUUGAGACCAUUUACAUUAAUGGUUAGAGCUGUUAUAUAUUGGUUUAUUGUUGACAUGUUAUCUUUCUGCUGUUGCAUCUUUAUCUUUCUGCUCUUUUUAGCUUUCUGUUUGGUUUAGAGGUUUUUUCCUAAAUGUAUCUAGGCUGUCUUUCAGUAUUCUUUGCAGGGUUGGCUUGGUGAUCAUGAAGUUUUUCAGCUUUUCUUUGUCAUAGAAGAAUCUUAUUUCUCCUUUGAUUUUGAAGGACAGUUUUUCAGGGUACAUCAGUCUAGGUUGGCAAUCAUUUUCCUUUAGGAUCUGAAAUACUUCAUUGCAUGCUCUUCUUGACUUUAUUGUUUUUGCUGAGAAGUCUGCUGUGAUUCUGAUACAUUUUCCUUUAUAGGUGAUCUGUCUCUUCUCUUUGACAGCUUUUAAUAUUCUAUUCUUUUGCUCAAUUUCUGGGAUGGUCAUUAUUAUAUGUCUGGGUGUAGAUUUAUUUUGGUUAUGGCUAUUUGGAUUUCUAUAUGCUUCAUUGAUCUUGAUAUCAGUUUCCAAUCUCGUGUUUGGGAAAUUUUCAGCUAUUACUUCUCUAAAUAUCCUCUUGAUAUCCUUUAUGUUGUCCCCCUUCUUUUUCAUUUAUCCCUAUCAACCUAAUGUUGUUCUGCUUUGCGUCAUCUUGCAGGUGUUGAAUAGUUAUUUCGUGAUUUCUUGUUAUUUUAAAAACAUCUUUCCUUUCCUGUUCACUAGCUGCAAUCUUGUCUUCGAGGUCUGAGAUUGUAUCUUCACAUUCAUUGAGGCAGUUUUUACAAUAUUCAAUGGAGUUUUUCAUUUCCUGUAUAUCACUUUGCAUCUGCUUUAUGUAUUCUGUUUGUUUCUUCUAGAGUUCAUCCAGGGAUUCUAUCUUUUUGUUUAGUUCCUCCAAUUUUUUAACUGUGUCUUCUUUAGAUAUGUUCAGAAUCUCCUUCAUUUCUUUUUUUUUUUUUUACCUACAAGAUUAUUUCUAGUUUGAAUUUCUUUGAUGCUUCCCAAUGUUGCUUCUUUAUUUCAGUUACUAUUAUUUCAGGUACCUCAGUUAUGUGGAAUGUGUUUUCUUCUAUGCACAUUCAUUAUCUAACAAUUGCUAAGAUUGCAAUAGAAUUUGAAAUAAAACUGAGUGCUCAUGUUUCCAAGCCAUGCUCUAGACAAUCAGCGAUUCUGAUUAAUAUUCUUAGUAGGCUGGUGGAAUGUUAGUGCACUCAUUUUGAAUAUCAGUAUGCAGUUGUCUCUAGAAAUUGAUCCCCUGAUACUUGUCCUGGAUAUUUUUAAAAUCUCAAAUCUGCAUAAAAUACUGAUACAUGCUUACUCAUAUACAAAGCAGAUCAAGUUAUAACAGAUCAGGCCUUGAAGCUUAGCUAUCUAUCACUGGACGUGUGGAGAAGGAAAAUGUUAAUAGACUCACUGUGAUUGUGCAUUUUUCUAAACCCAGCAUACGAGGAAUCAGAUUUUGCAGAAUGGCAAAUUCAAGUUCAAACUUCACAGCUUAAUUAUCCGUGAAAAUCUCUUAAAAUAGAUUUUUAAAAAGCUAUAGAUUUUAUGCUCAUACCUGUUGUUCAUUUCCAGCCCAGAAAAGAAAAAUAUGUGUUAUAUAAUGUCAAAACAUAAAAAUACAAUGUCAUUUGACAUAAGAAAUAGAUGGGUCUUUCACCCAUCAAUUCAGUGAAAUAGCUCAGCUAUAAAACCUAAAAGGUCACAGGGUUUCUUUUAGAUGAGAAACCAAAAUAUAAAUUGUGGAAUGAAAUGAAAGAGAGUUGAUAGGGAAAAGUAAGACUGACCAUAUGGAAAAGGGAACUACAGGUUAAGGACAGAAGGGACAUUGUGAUGGGGAAACAUAUCAGAAUAAUCUAUAUAUGAUACACAUAUGUACCCAUGCCCAAAGUGAAGCUAAAGAUUCUGAAUUUUAAAGUACCAAUUUUAAGAUUUCCAAAUGUGUACCAGUCUUUUGGGAAUGGUUGUUUUCAACAUAUCUUACAAGUCCAUUCUGUAGCUUCAUGGUCUGAAUUUCUUAGCAGGCAUUAAAAGCAGAACUUGACAUUAAUGCAGUCAUUAAACGGAGACCCAUUUCACUGUGAAUUGUUCUUUUUUAAAUUUAAUAUAAGGAAAGAUUAAACAAAACAAAAUAAGUAGAAAUAAUACUAUUUUCAAAGUGAAAAUAAACAGUAAGAAAUCGCAAGAUGAUGAUUACAUAUGCUGCUCAUAGAAAUAGUUAUGAAAUACAAAAGUGAAACAUACAAAGUGGGGAUUCAAUCAGCGAGACUGCAAGCAGUUUUGUUCAACUCUCCAACAAAAACUUAGUAAUAUGGUUAUAAAUCCUAUAUAUGAAUCCUGUAUUUUUCUUUACAGAAAUGACAAGCUAGGGAAAUACUAUGGACAUACAUCUUGGAAUCAGUGUAAAGAAAUAUUCCUUUGUACUGCAGAAGGUAAUGUGAAUGUGAAAGAAACAGAAACACACCACAAUGUUCAGAUCCAUAAAAAUAUUGCAGUGGAGGGAAAUCCUAUGUAUGCAAUCAAUGCGGGAAAGGUUUUACUAUACAUGGAAUUUGUAAGAAACAUGAAAGAAUUCACAGAGGAGAGAGACCCUACAUAUGUAAUCAGUGUGGGAAAGCAUUUACAACACGUGCAUAUUGUCAAGUACAUGAAAGUCUUCACUCCAGAGAAAAAUGUUAUGAAUGUAAGCACUGUGAGAAAGCUUUCAGCACAUGUACUUAUUGUGUAAUCCGUGAAAAACUUCACACUGGGCAGAAAUUGCAUAUAUGUAAGAAACGUGGGAAAGAUUUUAGCAGUAAAAUUCAUUUUCAAACACAUGCAAAUGUUCACACUGCAGAGAAACCCUAUGUGUGUAAGCAAUGUGGAAAAGGUUUCAUCCAACCUGUAAGGAACAUGAAAGAAUUCACACUGGAGAGAAACCUUAUGUAUGUAAGCAAUGUCGGAAAGCUUUUAAAACACAGGGAGAUUGUAAGAAACAUGAAAGAAUUCACAAUGGAGAGAAACCCCAUGUAUAUCAGCAGUGUGGAAAAGGAUUCACCAGAUCUGGACAUUGUAAGCAACAUGAAACGUUCACACUGGGAAGAAACCAUAUGUAUGUAAGAAAUGUGGGAAAGCUUUUAACAGACAUGCAAAUUGUAAGGUUCAUGAAAGAAUUCACACUGGAGAGAAACCCUAUGUAUGUAAGCAAUGUGGUAAAACUUUUAAAACACAGGGAGAUUGUAAGAAACAUGAAAGAAUUCACACUGGAAAGAAACCAUAUAUUUGUAAGCAAUGUGGGAAAGCUUUUAUCACAUGGGGCGAUUGGAAGAUACAUGAAAGAAUUCACACUGGAUAGAAACCAUAUGUAUGUAAGCAAUGUGGAAAAGCUUUUAUCACACAUGCAAAUUGUAAGGAACAUGAAAGUAUUCACACUGGAGAGACACUCUGUAUGUAAGCAAUGUGGGAAAGCUUUUAAAACACAGGGAGAUUGUUGGAAGCAUGAACGAAUUCACAUUGGAGAGAAACCCUAUGUAUGUAAGCAAUGUGGGAAAGUUUUUACCCUACAUCGACAUUAUAAGCAAUAUGAUUGUUCACACUCAAGAUAAAACCAGUGUAUAUAGGCAUCAUGAGAAUGGUUUCAGCACACGUACAUAUUGCAUGAUGCAUGAAAAUCUUCACACUGGGCAGAAAACUUACAUAUGUAAGGAAUGAGGGAAAGGUUUCAGCAGAAAUGCUCAUUGUCCAAUACAUGAAAAAUUUGCAGUGUUGAGAAACCCUGUGUAUGUGAAGAAUGUGGGAAAGCUUUCACCACACAUGGAUAUUGUAAAAUACAUCCAUGACUUCACACUGGUAAAGAAACCCUAUGUAUAUAACAAUGUGGCAAAGCUUUUACCCCAUACAGUCAUUGCAAAACACAUGAAAGAAUUCACACUGGGAAGAACCACUGGCUAUGUAAGCAAGUGGAGACACUUUCAUCAGCCAGAUUGUAAGUGAAAUACGUGAAAAAACUCACAAAAUAGAUAAAUCCUAUGUGUUAUGGGAAUACUCUCAGCACACAUGAUCAUUGUUACAUAUCUGAAAGAGCUCACUGGGCAAAGAUCCUAUGCGGGUUAACAAUGUGAGAAAUAUGGUAAUCCAUGUUUCUUGUUAAAUACAUAGAAAAAGAAUCACUGUUCAGACAGUUUAGAUCCAAGUUUACUUUAAAAAUCCCAAGGAGACCUGAAGAAAUAAUCAAUAAAGAAGUUAGAUGUCAAUAUUUCUUCACAAAUAUUCCACAAAUGACAAAUCUGAGGUGGAGCUCUACUCAAUUGCAUAUGUUGUAUGAUUUUCAGUUAAUUCCUUGUAACUCUCUAGAUUUUUUAAAGUGUUUUUGUGCUUCAACAUGGCAUCUUGUAAUUAAACAUGCCAAACUGAAAUGAGCUUUUCACUUUCAAAUAUGGAUAGUGCCUGUGUACUUAAUAUUUUGUCUUUAAAACUUAAAUUUCAUAUUUUUUGGUGAAUUGUAAUGUUUAUUUAAAGAUAAAAGUGUAGAAAUAAUACAGAAUUUCAGAAAAAUAAACAAUAAGAAAUCACUAGUUGAUUAGUUUCGUAUUGUCAUCUUAGAAGUAGUUGUUCAAGUUACAAAUUUAAAGCAUACAAAGUGAUAUUCAAUUAAUGACACUGUCGACAGUUCACCUCAGUGAUCCAACAAAAAGUUAUUAAUAUGCCUAUCUGUCCUACACACUUUUUUUAAUAAAGAGGGUAAGAUUAAACAUGACAAAACAGAACAGAACAGUUCAUUAGGAAACAAGAUAAGGAAACACAGAUUUCAAAGCAAGUCCACUGGAGAUGUUCACUGUCUAUCUUACUGUGUCUAGUUUUCUUCCAAAUAGUUGUUCCCAUCUUCACACACAUUAAAUAUACACCAAAUAUUAUAAAACUAAUCAAAUAAUUACAGGAUGAUGCAGGCUUUUUCGGUCUUCAAGACUGAUUUUGGGGAAGUCGAUAAUGACUACCAUAAUGUCUCUCAUUCUCUUUAGCUGUCUUUGUCUUUAUGUGUGCUGAAAUUGAACAUGAGAGACUAGACUAAUAUCACUCUGAACAGUGAAUAAUAGUAUCCUGAGAAGGAGAAAGGUGAGGAAUUGCCUAAAAAAGGAAGGCAGUGGACAUUGUUAAAAGUGUAUCAGGAUUUAAAAGCUACAGUAGUCUUGUUGCUCUGUUUAGUUUGGUUAUAUUUUGUUCUGGUCUGUCUACUCAGAUUUGAGGGCACAGAGAGAUAACAAAAAAUAGCAGGUUAUACCAUGGUAACUGUCCUUAAUUUCCAUUAACUAAAACUGAAUCCCUAUAUUACUUACAUUGUCUUCUAUGACUGAUCUUCUUUGAAGCUGGUUUGUUUGAAUGUUAUUUGGCCGUGACUGAUUUUAUUCACAUUUGGUAUGCUUGCUGGUAUCAAGUGUAAGAGUAGAGGCAACUACUCUGAAGAGGACGAGAUGUAAAACAUAUCAAUUGGUGGGCUGUGGACUUAGCUCAGUGGCUUAAGCACCUGCCUGGCAAGUGUGAGGUCAUGAGUUUGAUCUCAAGUGCCAAAAAAUUAAGUAAAUAAAAGAUAUCCAUUCCAGGAUUGAUUAUUUUUUAAUUAAAGAGAAAAAAGAAAUAAAAACAAAGGAGUAAAAGGGUACAAGUAAUGCAGAAUUUAAAGAAAUAUACAGUAAGAACUCACUAGUUAAUAGGUUACAUAUUGUCAUCUUAGAAACAGUUGUCCAAAUUAUAAAAUUAAAGCAUAGAAAGUGGACAUUCAUAUAGUGAGAUUGCAGAAAGUUAUGUUCAGUGAUCCAACAAAAGCUCAGUAAUAUGUUUUUCCAUCCUACACACUCAAGCAUGAAGUUAUAUCCCUUACACCACCUUCCUUUCCUCUUUUUCACAAUAACAAUUACACUUUUUGAGUUUUUUUACUCCCACAAUUCUUAUUACAUUUUUUGAAGAGAAUAAAUCUUAAGAUGACUAAACAAAACAGAGUUGGUUAGAACAGAAGGAUGGGCAUAGUACAUGAUUCAAAAAUAGAGUAUCGGGACUUCUGGGAGAACAUGGCGGACAGAUAACAGCAACUACUGGAGGCUCUCUGAAAACUAGGCUCAGAAGCCAGGUAUGGUGCGGACUAAAGUGACAUAAGCAGGUGGAGUUAUGCUCUGCUAACUCAGGAACGAACUUGGCUGAGAGAAACCAACUUGGAAUGCAGUCCUGGUGCUAAAACAGGAACAGAAAAGCCUCGCUGCUGACGCUGGACCCCACGCCAUUUGGGUUUCCCGCCGCGCAGUGGCUGGCUGCCUCUACAUCGGCUCGGCAAGGAGAGAGACGCAUGGAAACUCUGAGAACGAGAGUCUGCGAACGGAGUCGACAACAGGAUGGGCAGGGAGGCAUGUUCUGACUUGUGGCGAGGUGAGUGAAAGAAACUGACACUCCACCACAGUUUGACUCCAGCGGACUUUCUGGGCCCAAGCAGUCCUGCGGGAGCAGGGCGCGGUGGCGACUCCAGCCACACAUUCCCCUCUCGGGCGGGAUUGGUGAAAAGUGCCUGGCCUGCGUGACGCUGCCGGUGGACCCCGUAGGCUGGCCCAACCCAGAUCCCAGAGCCGGGAGGGACGGGCCCCACAUAGGCUGCCUGGUGUGCAGCGGUGAGUGGGAACACCUAACCGGUGCAAUUCAAUCAGGCUGUGGCUGACAGGGAGAGAAGCUGGGCCUCUCAUAUAAGCUUGCAUAUAUAAGGAACAGAGAAUAUGGGAAGAGGCAGCAACAAGAAAGGCUCCUCAGCCCCCAAUUCUGAGAAACAGGCAAUAGCAGACACCGCACCAUUACACAUAAGGCGCCAUAUAGAGAGCCUCAUAGACCAAUUCAGGAAUGAAGUUAUCAACGACCUGAAGCUAGAAGUAUGCAAAAUAGUUAGAGAAAUGCUAAGCACCACCCAAGAAAAAACAGAUGGUGGAAUGGAAGAACAGAAAAAGAGGGGAGAAUUGUUUGAUGGAGAGAACAGGGAAAGCAUAGAAUACGUGAAGCAGGUUCAAAGGGACUACCAAGAAACUAAGAAGUCUAUCCAAGACUGGCAUAACAGCUUGAAAGAAACUAAGGACAGACUAUCUGAACUGGAGGGCAGAAUUGUAAUAUGGGAGAAUGAAAUGAAAAACUUCUUAAAAAUAACAAAGAAACAAACAGCAAUAAUACAAAGACAAGAAGAUGAUAAGAGGAUCCAUAACUUAAGGAUUAAGAACAUAAAAGAAGAAGUAGGGACACAAACAAAUGAACUACAAAAGCUAUUCACAGAAAUAAUCCAGGAGAAUUUUCCUAAUUUAGCAAAAGGUAAAGAUACUCAGAUGUAUGAGGCAUACAGGACCCCAGCUAUCUACAACCCAAACAGAGCAACACCCAGGCAUAUAAUAAUAAAAAUUCCAGUAAUUCAAUACAAGAACAGAAUAUUAAAAGCUGUCAGAGACAAGAAACAGACCACUUACAAGGGAACACCCAUCAGAAUUACAGCAGAUUUCUCUGCACAAACCAUCAAAUCACGAAGAGCGUGGAGGGAAAUAAUUCAAGCUUUGAAAGAUAAUAAUCUCCAGCCAAGAUUGAGAUAUCCUGCACAACUGUCCCUGGAAAUUGAUGGAAAAACAAGGUGCUUCCAGGAUAAAGAGGAACUGGGGGAAUUUGAAACCACCAAUUCAACUCUACAGAGAGUAUUGCAGGAUAUUCUAAAAAAAGAAAAAUACAAAGAAUCCAGAAAUAAUGGAGGCCACAACGAAUGGAGCAGAGAACAAAGUGAAGAAGACAAACUGACAGCUACUGACAGAAUAAGAGCUCAAUAGAAAUGAGGCAGAGAAGAUUGGAUGAUAGGAACAGCUAUUUUGGAGAAAAUGACAUCUUAAUAGGUAAUACUGAUUUAGUAUCAUCUUGUUUUGAAGUCUCAUCUAGCUUUUGUCCUUCUGUCUCCAAUGGUCCAAAUAGGUUGUAUCUUACUGGAUUUUAUUAUGUACGAUAGUAUAAGCAAAAACCUUUUAAAGACAAGGAGAUUAUACAGAAACCAUUGUUCAUUUUCUGUUAGUCGAUUCUAAAUACUCUGUAAUGCUGUCAUUCUCUUAAAUGGUUUUACAUUGUUUUGAUAUACUUAAUGCUGCAGUAUACGAAGUUGUACCCAAGGAUUUCAAGGAAAGAGAUAAUAUGGUAACUACUUUUAGGUCAGGAUUAUCUGGUGGUGAAACACUAUUCUGCUUAAAUGGUUAUGUUUUGAUCUGUGCUGUUUCGUUGUUAUGCCCUCUUUUAUCUCAAUCUCCAUUCCAUUAUUUACUUUUUUAUUUUUAUCCUUUUAAUUAAAGGAAAAAAAUAGCAGGAUAUAUUAUAGUAACCCACUUUGACUUUCCAUUACCUCGAUUUAAAGCCCUGUAUUACUCUCACCAUCUGGUUUUUAACUGAUGUUCCCCUAUUCUGUUUUGCUGGAUAGUAUCAGGUUCGAAAAUUUAGGCAUCAGCUGUGAAGAUAAUGAGAUUCAUUAUAACGCCCAUUCUCGUUGACUUUUAUCUAUUUUUGAAGACCUCCAAUGUCUCCAAUGUUUUGGUUUUGUCGGUUUUAUUCUUUACUGUUUUGUUCAAUUGUAUUGUAACUAACGAUAUAGGCAAUUCUAUUAGAGAUAGCGGGAGGCAUUAUGGUAACCAUUGUUGAUCACCUUGUAUUAUGUUUUCACAUUAUCUAUUAUGUCCACCCUUUUGACUUGACCGAUUCUGUCCUGUUAUGUCUCAUUUGGUUUUACUCUCUUCCAAAAAAGUAAUAAGAACCAUGGGAGCAAUGAAACCCAAAAUGUGUAAUAGUCAUUGUACAAAAGAGAGGAAAAGAAAGUGCUCUAUACUAUAUAACUGCAUGUAUAUUUAAGUGUAUAAGAUAGAAAAUGAUAUCACAGAGUUUUAUUGGAUCAUUGAACAGAACUGUUUGCAGUAUCAUUGAUGGAAUGUCCACUUUACAAGCUUUAAUUUUGUGACUUGAGCAAUUAUUUCUAAGAUGACAAUAUGUAAUCCAUUAACUAGUGAUUUCCUACUGUUCAUUUUUUUCCUGCAAAUCUGUAUAACUUGUACCCUUUCUCUGCUUUUUUUCUUUUCUCCUUAAAUAAAAUUUAAAAAAAAUUAAAAAAAAAAGAAAAUAAAA